AUGGAGAGCGAGAGAAAGAUCACGGGGCUUCGCGACGCGUCCUUCUCUUGCUACCUCACCACACCAGCAGAGAUCAGCAGCUUUGCUGCUAAGCUCACUGAACCAGCUGAUGACCAUGACAUAGCCAAACCUGAAGAGAACGGCAUUGGCGUGUUCAGAGCUGAGAAGUACUUCAACUCGAGACACGAGGACGCCAGAAGUCCUCGUAUCAUCGACACCCUCACCGGGAAGUAUGUCCAUGAAAGCGACACCAUUGAUCCCCGCAGGACGAUGACGACGACGACGAGGAAGCAUAAGAUCAAGCAAGUUGUGGUGGGAACUCCCAGUGUGAGCUCUGAAGCCAGCAGCUGGAGCAGUAGCACCACCACCCAAUCCACAUUCCUCAACAGCUCACUUGGAAACUCGACGUCGUCUCGUCGUGCGAGCAGAGAGAAGCGGCCGUUCUUCCCUGCCUUCCCCUGCAGAGGCUCUUGCUCGGACAAGAAAUCCCUCCACGUCAGCAACAACCAGAGUGCCGGAGUCGAAAUUGCACACAGCAAACCCUUGAUUUGGGAAGCAAGAAAAGUACAGAGCAAGUCGAGAUUUCAGAAUCCGGUCAUUUCCCAGAGAGUUGCAGAAGAUGAACAAGGAAGGAAAUCUCUGGAAGUGUUUGGUUCUCGUUCAAUGAAGAAAGAAGAGGAAGACAUGAUCGCUAUGGAUUUAGAAAGGAAGCUCUCUGUGCUGAGUUGGGAUGCAAUUCCUAACCCGCAACAACAACAACAACAACAAAUAAAACAAACCAAGGAAAUGGUAUACGACGAAGAGAGCGAUGGAAGUUCCGAUCUUUUCGAAAUCGAGACGGCUUCAGGGAGCACGCGGCCAAUGUUCACGAAGCAGGAUGACACGCCGACGAGUCGUUACGCGCCGAGCGAGGCGAGCGUGGAGUGGAGUGUGGUUACGGCUAGUGCUGCUGAUUUCUCGUUUGCUGCUUCGGAGUAUGGUGAUGAUUAUAAGAUGGCUGCUGCAGGUUCUGGAAUGAGAGGCAACCCUGCAGCGAAGGGAAGAAGAUCGUCGAAUGCGAAUGGCGGUGGUGGAAUCUUGAGCUGCAAGAGUCUCAAGGCCGUGGAGGUUGCUGCUGGCCCUGUUGUUGUGCACAAGGAGAAACUGUACUCUGCCGCCCUGCCAGCAGCUUCCAAGCAAAAAGUUACAGGAAGGUGA